CUCAGUGUCUAGAAGUCCGCGGCCCCCGAGCAGUGGCCGCGCCGCGCCGGCCCCGUCGCUCAGGACCCUGCCGGCCCCGCCCGCCGGCCCCGGGCCCGCCAUGUCCUACCCGCAGUUUGGGUACCCCUACUCCUCGGCACCCCAGUUCCUGAUGACCACCAACUCCCUGAGCACGUGCUGCGAGUCCGGCGGCCGCACGCUGGCCGACUCCGGGCCAGCCGCCUCGGCCCAAGCGCCCGUCUACUGCCCGGUCUACGAGAGCCGGCUGCUGGCUACCGCGCGCCACGAGCUCAACUCAGCCGCGGCCCUGGGCGUCUACGGGGGCCCCUACGGCGGUUCGCAGGGCUACGGCAACUACGUGACCUACGGUUCCGAAGCGUCCGCCUUCUACUCGCUGAACAGCUUCGACUCCAAGGACGCACCGGGAUCUGCGCAUGCGGGCCUCGCUCCCGCUGCCGCCGCCUACUACCCGUACGAGCCGGCGCUGGGCCAGUACCCCUAUGACAGGUACGGGACCGUGGACAGCGGCACGCGGCGGAAGAACGCCACGCGCGAGACCACCAGCACGCUCAAGGCCUGGCUGCAGGAGCACCGCAAGAACCCCUACCCCACCAAGGGCGAGAAGAUCAUGCUGGCCAUCAUCACCAAGAUGACCCUCACGCAGGUCUCCACCUGGUUCGCCAACGCGCGCCGGCGCCUCAAGAAGGAGAACAAGAUGACGUGGCCUCCGAGGAACAAGUGCGCAGAUGAGAAGCGGCCCUACACCGAGGGCGAGGAGGAAGAAGGGGGCGAGGAGGAAGGCCGUGGGCAGCCCCUCAAGAGCACCAAGGCUGAAGAGCCCAUUGGCAAAGGCAAGGACCUGGAGCUCAGCGACUUGGAGGACUUUGACCCCCUGGAGGGAGAACCCCCAGAGUGCGAGCUGAAGCCUCCCUUCCAGCCCCUGGACGGUGGCCUGGAUCGCGUCCCCACCGGGCCAGAAGGGACCAGCGCCCGGGGGAAGGAGGCUCCGGGCGCCCUCCGGAUGCCCCUGGCCGCCGGGGGCGGGGCCGCUCUGGACCAAGACCUGGAGAGGGCCCGGAGCUGCCUCCGGAGCGCGGCGACCGGGCCGGAGCAGCCGGCGGGCGCGGGCACAGGGGGCGGCCCGCAGGCCUGCGAGUCCAAGCUGGGCUUCGCUCCCGCUGGGGCGUCGGCCGGCCUCGAGGCCAAGCCGCGCAUCUGGUCCCUGGCACACACGGCCACCGCGGCCGCCGCCACCGCCUUCAGCCAGACUGAGUUUCCCUCGUGCAUGCUCAAGCGCCAAGGCCCCCUCGCGGGCCCUGCUGCCCCCUCCUCGGCACCCGCCUCCUCCUCGCCCGCGGCCCCCACCGGGGCCCUGGACAGGCACCAGGACUCCCCGGUAACCAGUCUCAGAAACUGGGUAGACGGGGUCUUCCACGACCCCAUCCUCAGGCACAGCACUUUGAACCAGGCCUGGGCCACAGCCAAGAGCGCGCUCCUGGACCGGGGGCCGCUGGGCCGCUCGCUGGGGGCGGGCGCCAACGUGCUGACCACGCCCCUGGCACGCCCCUUCCCGCCCGCCGCGCCUCCCGACGCCCCUGCCGCCGGCACAGCCAAGGACCUGCUGGCCUUGCCCAAAGCCGGCGGCAAGCCCUUCUGCGCCUAAAGGGCAGGGCGCUGGGCCGAGGAGAGAGCCGGCGCUCAGGCCGCAGGCUCGAACGUGGCCUACCCUCUUUUUACCGAGUGUCCAAAGCGAGGCGAGAGUGCGGCGCAGCUCAGGCCGCCAGCCCUCCCCGGAGGGAGCUUCUGAACUGGGGCUCCCGGGCCACGGACAGGAGUUGGCCGGGCCCUCCCCAACCGAGGGACCCGGCCGGACAGGGCUGCUCUCAGAGCAGCAGGGAGACGCCCUGAAGCAUAAAGUUUACGUCCAGAAGUUUACAGGCGAAGACGCGUCGUUCGAGGCCCGUUUGCGUUGCUGUCCCCUCUGGGUCUGAGGCCUGCCGCUGUUGCUCCUGAAGACUCCUCAGCCUGCUGACCUUCCGGUUUCAUCCUCAGCACAUACUUCUCACCGACAGUCCUUCACCGAGUUUACGCUGUUGCACACUCUUAACCCGAUAAAAUUGUUUUUUAAAUGUAUGUUCACACCAAUAAUUGCCUGCUUCAGAGGCUGAUAUAACAAAACCAAUAAAACCGAGUGAUGGUGUUUGCAUUGCAAAA